UCUCUGUUCUUCUUCUUCUUUUUUUUUUCUCCUUCGCUCGCGGGACUGAAACGCUCCCAGGCAGCUGCAGCUCGCGCUGUUGAAUCUGUGGCGGCUGGAAAUGGACAGAGACGACAGAGAAGCUUUGCAGCAGCCUCGCGCAGAUGUGAGGCGUCCAAACAAAAAGAAGUGGAUGGACAGCAACCUUCCUCCCAAAAGGCAGGAGGGACAGGAUGAGGAGGAGGAAGCGGAGGGAGUAAAGAGGAUCCGGGCAGGCCUCAGGGUCAAACGGGAGCGCCGGCAGGCCAGCAGCAGUGCCACCAUGUGCCAGGUUUGCAACAUGAGGCUGAACUCCAGCGCCCAAGCRCAGAUCCACUACAGAGGGAAGACGCAUCAGAGGAGGCUAAGGCGACUGGCAAAGGCUGUCAGUGCAGCCGCGCUGACCCAGAACCAGGUCCACCCGCUCCUUGGCUCCCUGCCACUCCCGGGUCGGCCCCUUCGGUCGCCGGCUCAUCCCCAGCUGGAGCGCUUCCUGCCUCUCAGGGUCAAUGGCUCCUCACCGCUCAGCCUCUUCCCCAACUUCAACGCAAUGGACCCAGUUCAGAAAGCGGUGAUCAACCACACCUUCGGCAUGGCUCAGCAGAAGAAGAAGCCCAUCAUAUCGUGUAACAUCUGCCACCUGCGCUUCAACUCCACUACUCAGGCAGAGGCCCACUACAAAGGUCACAAGCACACUCGAAAGCUAAAGGCCCUGGAGAACCAGAAGAACCGGCAGAAGAGCGGGCACAGUCAGUCCUCAGCAGGAAAAGACAGUGAAGGAGGCACGGCGGGAGGAAUAACGGUGCCAACAGACUUGCAGCUAAAAGACAAAACAGAUACAAGCUCUCCAUCCCGGUCUGCUCAACAGUGUCCUGAAAACAACCAGGAGAGCUCCCCAACAGAAACUCCGUCCUCGAUGACUUCAUCCUCAGACUCUUCCUCCCUGCCCUCCUCAGCUCACCACAUCCCAGAAGCAUCACCAGAACCUCAGCUUUCUGACCUGCCUUCAAACAGUCCACGUGCAGACGGGUGCAGCCCAAACACUGGGUCUGCGCCACACUCUGACCUCCAGGGAAGCUGCCCGGGCGGAGAGGGGGAAGAGGAGGAUGAGGAGGCGAAGAUGAAGGAGGUUAAGGAGGCCAAAAACAACAAGAAGCAUUUUCACUGUCCGACUUGCAAAGUGACGGUCAAUUCAAGCUCCCAGCUGGAGUCUCACUGUAGCGGGUCGAAGCACAAACAGAUGCUGGAUGGUCAGAGCAGCAGUCGGCCACAUGGCAGGGUCAGGAUGGGAUCAUCGCCUCGGCCCAAAGGUCGAAUGAAACAACGAAUCAGGAGCAAGAGCAGAGUGGUCGUUGGCGUGACCAAUCAGGCCUUUCAUUGUGAGCUGUGCCAAGUGUCGGUUAACUCUGAAACACAGCUGAAACAACACACAAACAGCAGGAGACACAAAGAGCGUUUAGCUGGGAGGCCUGUAAAAGCCAAGUUCACCCCCUAUAAUAAACUACACCCCAGUGCUGUCUUAGCAACUAAACUGGCCCUGCAGAAGCAGCUCUCCAAAGCCCUGCCGGCAGGGCUCCUGACCAGCCCGCUCAAUCCAUCUGCGUUGUGCGCCAUGGCGUCCGGACCCUUGGCUCUACGACUUCCUCCGGGCCCUGCAGCCAUUAUCCAGGGUCCCCUCAUCAGCCCCACACUCUUCAGGCCUGCACCUGGACCUCUGAGGGCCACGCAUGCUCCUAUUAUCUUCUCUCCCUAUUAACAAUGAGCACAAGAUGUUGGGAGUUACAGAUCUGACUUAGUCAGAGUUGGACCAGCAGAAAUGACUGACUCUGCCAGGCCUGGAUCAUCCAGUUCUGCCUGAGUGACACCGAGACACUGCAGUCAGAGUGAGAACGGCAUGAUUAGCAUGACUGGGACAAGUCAUCAAACCAGUAUGCCCUCACUUUGGGUGUGGAUGGAAAUUUCAGCGCUGACUGAGAGGUGUGUCAACUUAAAAAGGUGGAAGGAUCAUCUCUUAUCAGUUGAGUUCUUGUUUCCCAGGGUCUGGACCUCACUGCAAGCCAUAAAGACAUCCAUCUUGGAUUUUAUUUUAAACUGAUACACUAAAGCAUUAAAGUAUUUAAGAACAUUAUUUCAUUUUAGAGCCUUUCGAUGGACUCUGAGAUGGGAAUUAAAACUAUUUCUGCUUCAGUAAGCAAAUCAAAAUCAGAAAAAUCACAUUCUGUUUUUAUCAUAAAAUUGGUUUAAAUAUGGAACCAGUUUUAUUCUAUAAAAAGAUGAUAAUAUCUGCAGUUUUGCACUUCAAAAUGUUUUGUAUCUCCAUGUAUUUUCAGCCAUCAGUUGAUGUGUGUUCUAGUAUUUGUCGCUGUUCUGUGUGUUUUUGUCUCUUGUUUUUUUUUGUAAUAAGUGACAAUCAACCAUACCUGAAUGAAUAAAUACUUGCCAAACAGAGAUAAAUAAAUUAAUGUCUAAAUUGAAAUGGCUUGAAGUAGUUAUACAACUUAAUGUUUUUUUUUUUUUUAGAGGAGCCAUUAUGGUGUGCUUUACUGCUGAUAGCUGGGUAGAUUAAUAAGAGGUUACACUUUAGGUCACCCUGUUUACAAUAUAAUUUAUAUAAAGACUUUUUAAAAAGCAACAUUUUUUUAUGAGUCAGAUUUAAUUAGAGCCUCUUGUGUAGACUCAAGUAUUAACAGAACAUGAAGGACAUUGUUGCAAACAUGCUUAAUGAUUCCAAAACAUGACAUCACAGACCAAGUUUGAAAUGUUUAAAACCAUACAGUAUUGACAUAAUUUGUUGUAUUUUUAAUGUCUCUGUAGCAGACUAUAUUAGAGUUUUAUUCCUUAUAUGAAAAUGUUGAUUAUAAAAUCCUAAACAGGGGGAUUUAAAGUGCUGUAAUUCAGGUAAGUUAAGAUCAACUUGAUGCUGCUUGUGCAAUAUGAUGGAGCAGAAACUGUGCUAUUCAUGAACAUCUAAAUCAUGUUUAAAAUACUGAAACUGUUAUUUCUGUUGUAACUAUUAAAAAUGAUCUACUUUCAUUAAAGAUGGAAAACCCUAAGCAAUAUGUAUUUUAAGUGUCGCCUGAUAAGAUCAAUGAUAGCAUAAUUGUACUUUUUUUGCAAUAAUUUACAAAAUUAUGUGAGAAAAAUGGUUAUAAUGUAUUCCACUUUAACUUAUAAAUAGUCCUGUUACAUUUA